AUGCUGACACCGAGCUCCUUGCAGAGCUGGGACCCGGAGCUGGCGGCCUUUGCUCAAGCUUAUGCAGAGAAGUGUAUCUGGGACCACAACAAGGAGAGGGGACGGCGAGGGGAGAACCUCUUCGCUAUGGCCCCAAUCCUGGACCUGGAGUUCGCAGUGGAAGACUGGAACGGGGAGGAGAAAUACUACAACCUGACGACAUCCACAUGUGUCCCUGGGCAGAUGUGUGGCCACUACACCCAGGUGGUCUGGGCAAGCACACAUAAGAUCGGCUGCGGGUCAAAGUUUUGUGAGAAGAUCGACGGGAUUGAAACAGAGGACAUGUACCUGCUUGUUUGCAACUAUUAUCCCCCGGGUAAUAUGAAAGGCCGAAAGCCGUACAAAGAAGGACCCUCGUGUUCACAGUGUCCUGAAGGCAGCGUCUGCGUCGACUCCUUGUGCG